AUGCGACGGCUACAGUAACAGUAAUGGUGCGUCAACGGAGCUCGUAUUUGUUACUCUGGAUCUUUCUGACGAUUGUAGAUGGAGAUACUGAGGUGUCCUGUGUUUUCAUGGAGAGAUGCGUCUUACCGUGCAGUUUCAAGAUUGGGAAUGAAAUCGUCAUCCACUGGUUUAAGACACCAAGAGACCUUCAUGUCCACUCAUUCUACUACAGCAGAGACCAGCUUGGAAACCAGGACCAGUACUACAGAAACAGGACUUCACUGUUCAAGGACCAGAUCUCCAGUGGAAAUGCCUCACUCCAGCUGACAAGUGUGGAGGUUCAGGAUGAGGGCAGAUAUAAGUGCCACACCAGCACCAUCACGGGAAACCAGGAAUCAUUUGUCAACCUAAAAGUGGACGCUCCAGUUAAUAAGGUCAAAAUGAAUCAGGUUGAAAACAGGAUCAGUUGCAGGUCAGAGGGGAUCUACCCUGAACCUCAGCUCACCUGGUCCACAAGCCCUCCAUCCAACAUCACCUUCACUAACACCACCACAGUCAACCAGACUGAACAGCAGCUUUACAACAUCAGCAGCUCUCUGAUCCUUUCAGCCGGUGUUUAUCACCUGCUCUUUAUCUGCACCAUCAGCACUCGCAGGAACAGGAGGAGAGCCACUCUGCAGAGACUAUCUGAUAUCAGUGGUCCCAGCACUGGUGUGACAAUCCCCUGCACCCCCUCAAACACUUCACUCACCAACUUCACCCUCCUCUGGAGAUUCAACCACACUCAGACCGUCCUGAGCCAGUCCUGGACCGACGUCACCUACUCGGUGUCAGACGGGUGGAGGCAGAAGGUGGAGAAUGUGUCCAAGUCAGGCAGCCUCAUGCUAAAGGACUUAUCCACAAAGCAGGAGGGGAUGUACACCUGUAAGCUCAGUAAUGCUGAGGAGACGCACAUUACCCACAUACACCUGAGAAUAACUGAAGGUAAGAUCGAGCUGAUAUAA